AUGGCGCGUGUCCAAAUCCUGCAGACGCGCAUGUAUCACCAUGAGCCCCCGGCUCUCCAGGACGAGUUGGACAUGAAUCCCACCCUGAUAGUGUCUUGGUGGUGUACAUUGUUCGCCCUGACGGCCAUCUUGAUUCGGCUGUUCGGUCGGUGGGUGCGCACGGAACGAUUGUUCCGAGAAGACAAGAUCAUGUUCUACAGCAUCAUUCCGCUACUGAUUCGCAUGGCCUUUGUCCAUGUCAUCUUGCUCUGGGGAACCAACAACACCCAGGUCGAGGGACUGACGCGUCUCGACAUUCGUCAUCGUGAGAUAGGAAGUAAAUUGGUCCUGGUUGCGCGCAUCUUUUAUGCCGCCUUCAUCUGGGUGGCCAAACUCACCGUCCUCGAAUUCCUCAAGCGUCUGAUCGGAAAAUCGUGGGCCAAGUCCUACGAAAUCGGUCUGCGAAUGAUAUAUGGCUUCCUGAUUGUCACCUAUGUCGGAGUCGUCAUCGCCACUCUCGCCGAGUGUCAACCCUUCGCACAUUACUGGCAGGUGACCCCAGAUCCGGGCCCCAAGUGUCGAGAAGGGUUGGUGCAAUUGAUUGUCAUGGGAGUCUGUGACAUGGUCACCGACAUUGUUUUGAUCGUCUUUCCUAUUCCACUUGUUUUGCAGUCCUCAAUGCGUUUCACCAAGAAAAUAUCACUCGUCUUGCUCUUCCUGCUGUCCGUCAUCCUGAUCGCCAUCACCGCCUAUCGAAUCCCUUCCACCAUUUCUCGCCGUUCCUCACAGCAAUAUCGAUCGCUGUUGGCAUCUCUGGAGAUUCUGGCCGCGGCGGGCGUCUCGAAUGCCAUUGCGAUUGGCAGUUUUAUCCGCGACAAAGGAGUCAAGAAGGCCAAAUUCCGAAUCAUGUCCAUGGACGAAACCAGCUCCAUCGGGCGCACCCCUACCCGAUCGCGAACUCGAUCCCUGACACAUCAUGUUUGGGGAUCCGACGAAGACCUGGCCAGGGGUGUGGGCGUAUCAUUACCGCCUCCAUUGCGACACGGUUCUACACUGGAACAAUUUCCCCGUCCGGCCGAAGUUGCGUUGCCCAACCACACCAGGGAUCUUGAGGCUGGUCACGCACAUGACAACUCGACAUUCAGUUCGAGGUGGAAUUUUGCAGAAGCAUCACGGUCGCGAGGGAGAAGGUCCGUGGACAGCAUGACCAGCGGGUCCACCGACAUCAAGCUCGAUGAUUUGAACCAUCAAUUGGACGCCCCGGCCAGCCCCGGAUAUACGGAACCGGAUACACCAAGCAAGAUGGGAUUCUUUGAUGUUGGCGGACUGGUUGAUAGGCCAGUUGACGGGUCGCCGUCUUCCCUGUCCCGGCAAGCAUCCGUCAUCGAAUCGACGCGCCGACUUUCUCAACCGAAUUAUCCGGCAACCCGAUCUGGAUCCAAAGCUUUUCUGUCCGACAUUGGAGGGCUCCUUUCGAGGCACGCGCAUAUCCGCGAAGAAGACGAAAUUCGGUCCCCGUCUAUCUCGGUCGGCCGAAAACGCAGCAGCCCGGCCCGGUCUCCCAUGAGAUUGGAGAGCAGGAAAGUGUCACGGAAUAGCCGAUUUCCUUCGCAGCAAGAGGAUGAAGAUUCACCACCGCAACCCAGCGGGCCGGAUGAUUUGACUUUCUCCGAUGCUGGUGGCUUGUUGCGACCAUAG